AUGUCCGGUGGGGUGAUCUCUACCCACACGGCCGCACCCCACGUUUUGGGCAUCAGUGUCCAUGUUCGCUGUGUGGCGGCGCGGGGGCUCUCUGUGAGGGGAGGGCGGGGCCGCCCAGGGCCGGUUCCCGCCGGUUCUGCAGCCGCCCCCGCGCAGGGCACAGCUGAGCCCCUCAGCCAGGCUGGGGCGCCGCUGGGGAAACCUCCCGGAGACAGGGCAAAACCCUGCCCGGCAGCGAGCGGAAAGCGCGAGAAAGCGGAAAACAAAGGGAGACGAAAUUUCUCCGUCCAACAGGAACCAACGCCUGGUGUGACACCACUGCAGGUGCUCAGCCAGUCCUGCCGCCUUCCACCGCAGCCGCUGCUGGCCAUGGGGACACUGCCAGUCCAGACAGAUGGACAGAGAGCUGGUGACAUCCAAACCGGUCUCUUAAAUGGGUACAUGGCUGCUGAAAGUGCUCUUCAUCCUCAAGGGCCCGUUGCUGAAGCAGCACCCGCCAGUGUUCGUUGCGUCCAUAAUGAUGUUGCCGUACCUGACUUCUCUGCCUAUCGUCGUCAAGAUGUGCUGGAUGCCACCACAUCUUCUCAAAGCAGCAGUGAAGCUAGAAAAGGGUUUUCCUACCUGGUGACUGCAACGACAUGCGUGGCAACUGCAUAUGCUGCUAAGAAUGUUGUCACCCAGUUUAUUUCCAGCCUGAGUGCCUCUGCUGAUGUGCUAGCGUUGUCAAAGAUUGAGAUCAAGUUAUCUGACAUUCCAGAAGGCAAGAACAUGGCUUUCAAGUGGAGAGGGAAGCCCCUUUUUGUGCGUCACAGAACCCAGGCAGAGAUUAAUCAGGAAGCUGAAGUUGAUUUGUCUAAACUGAGGGAUCCGCAGCAUGACUUAGACAGAGUAAAGAAGCCAGAGUGGGUCAUAUUAGUAGGUGUCUGCACUCAUCUUGGUUGUGUACCCAUUGCUAACUCAGGGGAUUUUGGCGGUUAUUACUGCCCUUGCCACGGGUCCCAUUACGAUGCCUCUGGCAGAAUCAGGAAAGGUCCUGCUCCCUAUAACCUUGAGGUUCCGACUUACCAGUUUCUUGGUGAUGAUGUAGUGGUUGUUGGCUGAAUAACGAGGUGCUUCCUCAUUUUCAUGUUCCUGUGAAUGUACGCUCAAAAGGGUUAACUGAGAUUCUGCAAUACUGUAAAACCAGAUGAUCCUGAAAACCUAUUAGCUGUCUAGAUUCUCAACCAGAACUAUGUUCAAAUACGUCCCUGUGUUCAAUUUUAAUAAAAACUUGGAGUGAGCACUUGU